UAGAGGCUUUGAUAUAAAAAUCAGAGAUCCCAUCAGUUUCUGCCUCCUGGCCCUGAGACUUCCUAGUGGUAGGCAAAAUGGCUUUUUCUUCUGUAUUUCUUGUUUUCUUAGCUGGCCUGACAUUUUGCUCUGAAGCUUCAUCACCGGACUCUCCUGACUCCAAGCAUCCUCUUUACAUAAGAGUUCUGGAUUCACUCCGAGGAACUCCAGCUCCAAAUGUUCCAGUUAAGUUAUAUAAAGAAGCUGCAGAUGGAUCUUGGGAACUGUUAAAUUCAAAACAAACCAAUGACAAGGGAGGUCUCCCUGAGCUUACAACUAAAGAACAAUUUGGAGCAGGAAUAUACAAGGUUGAGUUAGACACAACCUCUUAUUGGAAGAAUAUGGGUUUGAAUGCCUUCCACCACCAUGUUGAUGUGGUGUUCACAGCUAAUGAUGCUGGUUUUCGACAUUACUCCGUUGUUUUUGUCCUUAGUCCCUUUUCUUCCUCAACUACAGCAGUAGUUAGUGAGCCAGUGGAAUAGAAGCUGAUAUUAAGCAUGAAAAUUCAGAUGUGAGAAUUAAAACUUCCAUAAAUGAUAAGAACUUAGUAUCUGAUUGUAUCAACAGCUAUAAGAUUUCACAGUAAAUCACUGUAUUUCUGUAUUCUGUCAGUAUUGCCCUUCAGAACAAAAGUUUAGGGUUUGAAAAACAAAAUAAGCUCAGGAAAAAAUGUAUUGAAAUUCCACUACUGAAACUCUGAGAAUAAACCAAAGUCUUGCAUGAAGUUAAUAAACUACAUUUCUUUUUGCAAAGGAGGUGAAUAAAACACAUCUGAAAGGUGUCUCAUGAAAAGUAAGCAAAUACCAUCUCCUAUACUUUGUCACUGAAGCCCACAACAGAUGAAGUCACAUGGGAUUACUUACUCCAGGCCCCACAUAAUUAUCAGAUAAAGUCACCUCUCAAUUCUGACUUUUGAGAUAUAGAAGCAAAAGCAGCUUAAAAGUAACAGCAAGGUGGAAUAGCGUUUAAGGAUUCUAACUAUGCUACACAUACUUAAAAGGCUUUCUUUCCUGUUUUCCAAUAUAUCAUACCUGGUGACACUUCCAAGGAGAGUCCAUAGCCAGUGUUUCAGAAAAGCAUAUUGAUCAAACAUACCUGAAGAAGUUUAUUCAUUUACUUUCAGAAAAUUCUAAAAAAUAAUUUGUCUCCAGCUGAAGUACCCCUCAAAAUUACUUGCAUACCUCUAACCAUCUGACACUUUAAUAGCUGUAAGGUACAAAU